AUGUACCCCAUCGCCUCAAAUCCGACAUGUACAGCCCGAAUCCUGAUGACUGUUCGGCCUGUACCCGCUCGUGCGGUCAUCGCCAUCUGCCUCAAUCAGACUGGCAUGUCUCGGGGCCAGAGGAGAGAGCAGAUGAGACAUGGCGUAAUCGGCUUCUGUUCAUUCAUCGCUCUUUGCGUCGGGGGUGGCAGCAGUUGUUGGUGUCUGGCGAUCGCCAACUCUGUCAGAUCGUGA